AUGAAACGACAUCAAUACCCACCCGAGCCGCCGCCACUCCCCAUCAUCGGAAACCUCCACCAAUUCCCAUGGCGGGAUUCGUGGCGAGCCCUAAGUACGUGGCACAACCAAUACGGUUCCAUCUUCACAGUCUGGGUGGGCUUCCACCCCGUGGUCAUCGUCGGUUCAUUUCAAUGUGCAAAGGAGCUCUUCGAACAACGAGGAGCAAUCUACGGCUCUCGCCCCGCGUACUUUGCCGAUGCCAUCGGCAGCGACUCUCUAGCCGUGGCGCUACCGUAUGGUCCGCGGUGGCGCCGGCACCGUCUCCUCCUCCAUGCACUCCUGAACGAGCGCCAAUGCAACGACUACAUCAACCUCCAGGAUCUCGAGUGCAAGCAGUUGUUGUGGGAGCUGCUCUCAACCAACGACUUUGCGGGACGAUUUCACCGCUUCGCCGCGAGGUUGACUUUCGCGCUGGCGUACGGGCGUCGACUAGAGAGGGGGGAUGAGCCAGAGGUGAGGGAGAUCGAUCGCAUCAUGCGCGAGCUCUUGGGCGAGGUGUGCUUGCCAGGAGUGGCGUUUCCUAUCCUGGACCAUCUGCCGGAUUGGCUGGCAUCGUGGAGAAAACGCGCCGCCCGACUGCAGGAGAGCCAGGCGCGAUUCUUCAGUUACCACAUGCAGAGGGCACUCCAUACGACAGAAACAAAGACAUGGAGUCAUACCGUCCGCGACCUUGCCCGCACCCGAUGGCCCGAGUCGAUGUUCAGCGUCGACGAAAUGGCCCACGUUGUCGGAGUCAACUACGAGGCCGGCAGCAACACCACGGCCUUUGUGCUCGAGGUCUUCGUCCUGGUGGCAGUGCUGCAGCGACCUGCUGUGCAGCGCGCGCAGGCUGAACUCGAUCAAGUAGUAGGAUGUCAGCGCAUGCCGACACUGUACGAUAUGCCUUGGCUGCCGUACCUCCAGGCGUUUGUGGAAGAGGUGCUGCGCUGGCGGCCAGUCGUCCCAGGAGGUCUACACCAUUGCACGAUUCAGGACGACGAUUACAUGGGCUAUCGCAUCCCGAAAGGUGCGACCGUCAUCCGAAAUCACUGGUCACUGGAGUUCGAUGAACAUGUCUUCCAGGAUCCGCACAGUUUCCUGCCGGAGAGCUGGAUCAAGAACCCCGAUCUACCGACCUGCGCGUUUGGGCUGGGGCGCAGGCUUUGUCCGGGCGAGCAUCUCGCUCGUAGCUCAUUGCAUCUUGUCAUCUCGCGCAUGCUGUGGGCUUCUGACAUUCAACAUGUGGGGAAUGCGCCGCCGGACCCCUUUGCUAUGACGCAGGGGAUCAGCUCACGGCCACAGCCCUUCAAAGCCAAGUUUCGCCCUCGGAGUCGGUUGCAUCAAGCCGUCAUUGAAACUGAAUGGGAGAAUAUGAUGGAUGGUCAUCUAAUUUGA